CUCUCUCGAUUCGAUCCUUUUGCUCGUUCUUUUGGAGUUUCGGAGACCCCAGUGGGGAGAAGGAGAGAUCCGUCGCCUUCGAUCCUGAGUUUUCUUCCGUUUGCCGGUGAAUUCUCUUCAAGAAACCUUCGGAAAGAGCGUACCCGCCGUCUUAGCGCCUUCUUCCUCUCCGGAGUUUUUUGUAGAUAUUCGCUGCUGCUUCCAAGCACGAAUCUUGGAGCAUCUGAUCCUCUUCCAUUUUGCGGCUCUGACGUGAUGGACGGUGGUGGUGGUGGUACAUAGGCGAAGGCAAAUUCGUGGGACUGGUCGUGAGUUCGGCUCCUGAUUACGGAGAAUGCCCUUCAUCGGAUAAGGGUCAUCUUAGAGCAGCAUGACGCCGGGUUUUCAGGGUUGAAUCAGCCCGGCUCGGUGCCCAGAACCAGUCUUACCGGGCAUCCUUUUGGAACCCUUUCGAACAUCCCAACCCAUCUUCCGACCUGUAACCAGACGCGGCGAUGCCUGGUUUUCCUGCCCUCGUCGGCCGUUCCAUCUUCCGCUCCUCUUCCCAUGCCCUUCGCUCCACCCACCUAACCGCCGGCGUGGUGGCGGCGCCACCGCUCCUCCACCGCUUCGGAUCCCGACGGGCCCUAAUCAUCCAAACUCUUUCCGGGCCAGUGAGGAUAGAGCGGCUCUCCGACUCCGAUUCCGGGAUUAUCGAGCUGAAGUUGGACAGGCCGGAGGCGAAGAACGCGAUCGGGAAGGAGAUGCUGCGAGGACUGCAGAACGCUAUCGAAACGAUCGGCAAUGACUCGUCGGCCAAUGUGGUCGUGGUGUCAAGUUCGGUUCCAAAAGUUUUCUGCGCCGGAGCCGAUCUUAAGGAAAGAAAGCUGAUGAGUGCUUCUGAAGUCCAGCAAUUUGUUAACUCUUUACGAUCAACAUUCUCAUCCUUGGAGGAACUCUCUGUUCCUACGGUUGCCGUUAUUGAAGGAGCAGCAUUAGGUGGCGGGCUGGAAAUGGCUCUUUCAUGUGAUCUCCGUGUGUGUGGAGAACAAUCAACAUUUAGCUUGCCAGAGACUGGACUUGCAAUUAUUCCUGGAGCUGGCGGGACCCAACGUCUUCCUAGAAUAGUGGGAAGAUCAGCAGCAAAGGAGCUAAUAUUCACCGGUAGAAGGAUUAGUGGCAAAGAAGCUGUGUCUAUGGGACUUGUCAAUUACUGUGUUCCUGCUGGAGAGGCACAUCACAAAGCACUUGAGAUUGCCCGAGACAUUAACCAGAAGGGUCCUUUGGCUAUAAGGAUGGCUAAGCAAGCUAUCAACAAAGGUUUGGAGGUAGAUAUGCCCUCAGCGCUGGAUGCGGAAGAAGAAUGUUACGAGCAACUUCUUGACACACAAGACCGCCUUGAGGGACUUGCUGCAUUCGCUGAGAAGCGAAAACCAAGCUGCGCUGCGCUGCGCUGCGCAGCUGCUGCUGUUGAUGAUAGAGACACGUAUGAGCCUAGACAAAAAGAACGUGGACGAUCCACUCUUAUCUAGAUUGCAACUUGUAGAUUUCUGACCUUGGCCAAAUUGCUUACUGUUGCCAAUCGUCUGUCGCGGUGACGCCUGCAAAUCAUACAAGUUAUUUUAAUAUUCUUUCCUUUUGAAAUAGUAUGGUGCAUGUAACAUGGACGGGUGGGUCUUUGAUGCCAUAAUACGCUUCUAAAGGGGAUGUUUUUGUUAUUUUAA